AUGUAUGACAACAUCUCUGAUUUCACAAGAUAUGAUGACGACCAUGACCCCGAACACGGUGAAGAAGAAGUUUUACAAACAUCCAUUAAGACAGGAAAGGUUUUAACUCAAAGUCUCAUUAUUGACACCAAAGAUGGCGAAGUGGACGUUCUUCAAGAGCUGAAGAAAAAUACUUCUUCGGGAGGUGGUGGUAGGCAUGAACUUGAAAUAAAUGAGAUAGAAGAGAAAUUAGCCGAAAAAGCAGAUAAAGAACAUAAACACAAUAUCUCCGAUAUAAAUGAACUUCAAGCUACAUUAAAUAGUAAAGCGGACAAAAAUGAACUUGACGCAAUGAACAAAGUUUUGAAAUCUCAUAAACACAAUAUCUCCGAUAUAAAUGAACUUCAAGCUACAUUAAAUAGUAAAGCGGACAAGAACCAUGUUCAUUAUAUAACUUCAGACGAACAGAUUAUAACGGACUACCAUGGAUAUUUAACACGAAGUGAUGAAGCGAAGACAAAAAAUGUUAAUGAAAGAAGAUAUAAAUACAUUCGUGCUAAAGGUUAUGACAUAAGCUGUACUGUACAGUAUGAUGUAGCUAAAGCACCAGAAGCAUUUGGUUAUACCGGUGAAAUUUAUGCCUCUACUUUCAAUGUUAACGGUGUAUUAGUUGAACCAAGAUUUACUUUGAGAGUUAAGGCAAAAAUAACGUUUGAAGAUGCUAUUAAAAGUAAAGCUGACAAAGUUGAACUCGAAGCAAUGAACAAAGUUUUGAAAUCUCAUAAACACAACAUCUCCGAUAUAAAUGAACUUCAAGCUACAUUAGACAGUAAAGCUGACAAGAACCAUACACAUAAAUCCUUCACUACU